AUGAAGGCAACCCUGGUCUCUCUCCUCAGCGCCAUCGUGCCCGCUUUGGCGGCGCCGAGCGGCAUCAACCGCCGCGCCGACCCGGGCCUCAUGGCCGGCAAGUACAUCAUCCAGCUCAAGCCCGGCACCAGCCCCGAGGCCGUCACGGCGCAUCACAACGCCGUGCGAAGCCUGCUGCGUCGCCGCGAUGGUGCCGCCGGCGAGGUCGAGAAGACGUUCCAAAUUGGCGACUUCAACGCGUACAGCGGCUCUUUUGACGACGCGACUCUGGCUUCGAUCUCGGAGCUCGACGAAGUUCUGGUCGUCGAGCCCGACACGCUCAUCUACCUUGAGCCGACCGAGGCGCCCGCGACCUCGAAGCGCGACCUGACCACACAGACGAGCAGCAUCUGGAGUCUGGGCGACCUGUCCCACCUGGAGGCCGGUGCGACGGAGUACGUCUACGACGAGAGCGCUGGCGAGGGCACGACGGCCUACGUCUUCGACACCGGCAUCCGCUUGUCGCACGAGGAGUUUGAGGGACGCGCCCGCUUCGGCAUCAACGGCGUGACUGGCUCGACGGAGCAGACCGGCACGAACUCGGACACAAGUGGCCACGGCACCCACGUGGCUGCUACCAUUGUCGGAAAGACAUAUGGCGUUGCCAAGAAGGCCACCGUUGUCGACGUCAAGGUCUUCGACGGCGAUACGGGUUCCACGUCCUGGAUACUCACCGGCAUGACCUGGGCCAUCGACGAGAUUGUCAGCAAGGGUGCCCAAAACAGCUCCGUCCUCAACCUCUCGCUCAGCAGCGUCGGGGGCACUACUGCUCUCGACAACGCCGUCCUCGCUGCCUACCAGCAGGGCGUCCUUGCCGUCGUCGCAGCCGGUAACAGCAACCAGCCGACGACUGACGUCUCCCCGGCGAGGCUCCCCCAGUCCUUCACCGUCGGCAUGACCCAGCCCGACCGCGGCCGCGUCAACAUCAUCGAGGACAUCUACGGCAGCAACUACGGCCCGGAGCUGGACGUCUUCGCGCCCGGUCGGGACAUCAUCAGCGCCGCCCACACCUCCGACACCGGCACGGCCACGAAGACGGGCACCAGCAUGGCGGCGCCGCUCGUUGCGGGGUUGGUGUGCUACCUCAGGGGCCUGGAGUCGGGCCUGGGAACCCCGGACGCGGUCACGAACCGGAUCCUGGAGCUGGCGAUCCCCGAUGUCGUUGGAGACCCCAAGGGAUCUCCCAAUUUGUUGGUGAAUAACGGCAGCGGCCGCUAA